GUAUUAGUAUUCCGACACUCGCCUACAUAACUGUACCAUAUUUUCUGUCGUUUUAAAUGUUUUACGUAAAAAAGUCGGACGUCGAUUAUCAUCGGUACGAUCAAAAGACGUUCUGUUAGAUUAUUUUAUACAAUCGGAUAUGGUUUUUUCCCCAAACCGCAAUUCUUAUUUUUAUCGCAAUUUUACAUGUUUCAUCGAUAUUAUAACGACAGUUUAUGAUGUGAAACUUAACUCACUCAACACCAUGGCUUCUGUUGGUAACACCUCGAUUUAUAGAAUUGGUGUUUUCUUAUUAUUUUUAAACGUUCUACAUAACGUGCGUGCCAUCCCGCAUUUUUCUGCUAAUACGCAGGAUUUAGUUCAAAGACAAGUGGAUAUAUCACAAGUACCAAUUUAUUUCGAAAAUUAUAUACAAUGUAGGUAUCAAAUAUGUGAAAACAGCGAGGAUUAUCCAGAAGAGGCUAUCACGAACGUUAUGAAAAAUACUGAAAAUAUACGAGAUUUCUUUGGGGUUGUUUUAAAUUCUUCAAUAUAUGACACUAAUAUUUUAGCAUCCAGAUUUGGUGAAGUAGGACCUAUAAAAAAAUUAUGUUAUACGGAAUAUAAUGGUACAUUUACUCCGAGAGUUCUUAGGAAUGCCCGAUUGGAGUGGAAAUAUAUAAUUAACAUAGAUGGGUAUUAUCAGCGAUUUAGUGCACAAAUUUGUAAAAAGUACCAAGGCUCUAAAAAAUCAGAUGAACCCUGCCCUCAAUUCGGUUACGAAUGUCGACAAAGUUACACGGAAGUUCAUCUUCUUACUUAUGAAGAUGGCGUCGUAGAUUUUGAUAAGUUCGUAAUACCAACAACAUGUAACUGCAUAUGUGAUUUAUAGACUGAAGUGUAUAUAUUAAGGACUUUAUUGACACUUGAAUACUAUUUUAAAAAUGUUUUCUCGUUUUAUAUACAAAUUUAUUAUUCAUAAUAAUAAAUAUUAUGCGAUUUUA